UUGAGAUUAAACCCACACGUCCUCUUUAUCCUGACUCCGCCCCUCAGCUCUAGGCUCUCUAUAAAGCUUCCCUCACUGUCACACACACUGUCUGCUGCAUCCUUUGUGUCCAGCAUGAAGCUCUCCAGCAUCUGUGCCUUCCUGUCCUGCCUCGUCUUAGUGCAGGCAGAACAACGGAUCAAAUGGUGUUUAAAGUCAGAGGCGGAGUUGAGGAAAUGCAAGGAGUUAAAGUCUCUAGACUGCGUGAAGAAGGCAGGAACUCUGGAGUGUAUCGAAGCUGUCGGGAAAGGUGAAGCAGAUGCCAUCACUCUGGAUGGAGGAGAUAUCUACACAGCCGGUCUCCAUCCCCAUAACCUUCACCCCAUCCUGGCAGAACAUUAUAACACAGGGACCUGCUACUACGCUGUAGCUGUGGCAAAGAAAGGCACUGGCUUUGGCUUCAAUGAGCUAAUUGGGAAGAAGUCGUGUCAUACUGGUUUGGGGAAAACUGCAGGCUGGAACAUCCCCAUCGGGGCGCUCAUCAAAAACGAACAGAUUAAAUGGGGUGGCAUCGAUGACAAACCUCUGGAGGACGCGGUGGCAGAUUUCUUCUCUGAGAGCUGUGUGCCAGGAGCAACAAAUGCCAAACUGUGCAAGUUGUGUAAAAACAAUUGCCAGCGCUCUCACGACGAGCCGUAUUACGAUUAUGAAGGAGCUCUCCUGACAAAUCAAGAGAUGUUUCAUGACCAAGGAUCUGUUUUUGUGUCACAGGAUAAGGGUCUGUUCUCCUCUGUGGGUCCUGAAAGAAACCUGAUGUUCAAAGACUCGACGUCGAAGCUGACGAGACUCCCAGAGGUCAGCAACUCCUUCAUCUACCUGAAAGCAGAUUACUGGGACUCCAUCCACUCCCUCAGGAAAGAUAACACAGCUAGCGAGUCGUCCCAGGCUAUUAAAUGGUGUACAGUGGGAGUAAGUCAGAGGGCUAAAUGUGACUUAUGGAGCGGCAAAACUGCUGAUGAUGAAGGCAACACCAAGCUGCAGUGUGAAACCAAAGCUACAGUUCAGGACUGCAUCAAAGCCAUCCUGCUUCAUGAAGCUGAUGCUAUUGCAGUUGAUGGAGGAGAAGUGUACACUGCUGGGAAGUGCGGUCUGGUGCCGGUCAUGGUGGAGCAGUACGUUGCUGAAAAGUGUAAAUCUGAGUCAGGAGAAACCUCCUCCUUUUACUCUGUGGCUGUAGUGCGCAAGAGCUCCGGUGUGACCUGGGAAAAUCUGAGAGACAAAAAGUCAUGUCACACAGGCGUGGGACGAACCGCAGGCUGGAACAUUCCCAUGGGUCUCCUCCAUGAAAAAUACAAGAGUUGUGACUUCUCAACAUACUUCACUGCAAGCUGUGCUCCUGGUUCAGAUCCUGCAUCAAAUCUGUGUAAACUGUGUAAGGGAGACGCCACAAACAAAUGCAAAGCCAGUCAUGACGAGCCUUAUUAUGGCUACGAUGGAGCCUUCAGGUGUCUGGCUGAAGGUGUUGGUGACGUGGCCUUCAUUAAACACACCACUGCAACAGAUAACACAGAUGGUAAUGGGCCAGCAUGGGCUAAGUCCUUCAAAUCAUCAGACUUCCAGCUCAUCUGCCCCGGAGGCUCUGCUGAAAUUACUGAAUACCAGAAUUGUCAUUUAGCCCAAGUUCCAGCUCACGCCGUCAUCACUCAUGAAGGAAAACGAAAGGAGGUGGUGUCGUUCCUCAAGGACCAGCAGGAGAAGUUCGGUCCUUCUGGCUCAGACCCUGACUUCAGGAUUUUUGACUCUACAGAUGGAAAAUCACCGUUUGGAGAAGGCACCAAAUGUCUCCAGGAGGUAAAACAGAGCUAUGAGGAAUUCCUGGGACAAGAAUACUUAACCUCCAUAACAUCACUGCACGAAUGUCCAAAGGCCAAGUCCGAACUGGAGGAGGCCUGUUCCUAUAACAUUUGUACAGCAUCCUAAAAGGGUCCUGUUUGUCUUGGACACAUUACAAACAUCUGCCUGUAGAUUUCUCUCUCAUUGUUCUUAAUUUCUGAGCUUUUUGGAAUAAAUGGCAUCUGAGUGUGAUUUGCUUUUCCAUUCUUUAUUCAGAAGCUGUCUGAAAUAAAAAAGAAAUGAUUAUCAAAA